AUAAAUUCUUUCUUCUCUCCCUAAACGCCUCGAGAGCCUGCCGUUUCACCCCUUAACGCACAGCUCUUUGAAAGGAGGCCCCCAUAGCUUCAAGCGUACUAAUCUCAAUCGAGACAGUAAUAGAUCCAUACCCACGCCGACAGCCUCAACCCAUCUCAGACGCUGUUAGCUCGCGCAGCAGAACCCCUCCGACGCCAUCCCAUCUUUUCAGCGGUCCUCUCCACCCUCUCCUUCAGGCAACCAGCUCCCCGUCGGUCCAUCCCGCGACAGCAAAUAUCCCCAAUCGAAGGUCACAGUAGCACAACCCGUGUAGCACCGAGAGAUCCUCCAUCGCCAACGUACCACCGUUCACAAAGCGGGGCACCCGAAGCCAUGCCGAAGCAGUGGACUCAACGCCUCCUUCUCGUGGUCCAUGUCUGCUAGAGCCUCGGUUCGAAUCACUCCAUUGCAGAUCGAUUCCUUCAAAGACCAGUGUGGCAUUCUUUGCCAAUUGAAAAAUGAAUAAAGGUGGAGUAGUAGGAACAGGGGGUGCUGGAGGAGGUGGAAGCGGGCCAACAGCUGCAGCCACUGCAGCUGCUGUGCAAAAGCAGAAGUCAUUGAUGCAGAGAGUGGAAACAGAUAUAGCCAACAUUGUCAACAAUUUUACUGACCUUGUCAACGUUGCCCGGGUCAAUGAGCUGCCAGUUAGAAAUUCACAAGAGGCUUUUAUGAUGGAAAUGCGUGCAGCCAGGAUGGUUCAAGCAGCUGACUCUUUACUUAAGUUGGUGUCGGAGCUUAAGCAGACGGCAAUCUUUUCGAGCUUUGCAUCUCUGAAUGAUCAUGUAGACCGAAGAAUAGUCGAGUUUAAUCAACUAUCAGAAAAAACUGAUGCCAUGUUAGCUAGAAUUGGAGAGGAGGCUUCUGCUAGCCUCAAGGAUCUUGAAUGUCAUUAUUAUUCCUCUGCACAGAGGAUAAAUCAAAACUUGCAACCAUGAACCAAGGGUUCUGCAUUGGAGCAAUUUUAUCUAUUGUUGAAUCCCCCCUUCUUCUUCUCUCUCUCUCUCUCUCUCUCUCUCUCUCUCGCGCGAAUUAAGGGGUUAUGUACUGAAGCAAUAUGCUGCUCUGUUGUUGAAUCAUUUUCUGCUUCUUCCAUUUCUCUCCCUCUCGUCCAGUUUAUUUGUAUGGUAAAUCUGUAACAGAGGACAAAACAGAGUAUAUUCCAAGCAAAUUUUCUUUCUA